UGGCGAUGUGGCGAUUGUAGGGCUAUGACAGAUUUGCUAACCUGAAUAGUCGUCAACUUUAACGCUUAAUAUCUCUGUUUGGAGGGCAGAGCGGCACUUUUUAUUGCCAGAUUCGUUCGUUUCGUGCAAAAACGCGUCGAAUAAGUGUAUUUUUAUCUAAAUUUGAACUGAACGGAGUAUUCUAUACCUUUACCAACCGUCAUGCAUACGUUCCUCACACGAGGCAACGCUAUUUUAGCUUACACCUUGAGUGUUUCGGCCUUUCUCACAUUUUGCUGUUUUAUCUCAACAAUAUUUUACGAUUACCAAGCGAACGUUACGUUAAAUACAGUUAAAGUUGUUGUAAAAAAUGUACCAGAUUACAGUGCAUCUAGAGAAAAAAACGACCUGGGUUACGUGACUUUUGAUUUACGAACUGAUCUUACUCCAUUGUUCAAUUGGAAUGUUAAGCAAUUAUUCUUAUUCCUUUAUGCAGAAUAUGAGUCAGAAAAUAAUCAACUUAAUCAGGUUGUACUAUGGGACAAAAUAGUUCUUCGUGAAGAUAAUGCUGUACUAGACUUUAAAAAUAUGAAUACGAAAUAUUACUUUUGGGAUGAUGGCAAAGGCCUCAGAGGAAAUAAGAAUGUAACGUUAACAUUGUCCUGGAACAUUAUUCCAACCGCUGGAUGGCUACCUACGAUUCAUACUACUGCUCCUCAUAUUUUUGCAUUCCCGUCUGAAUACACAACGUUACGUGUAUAAUUUAAAUGUAAAUGUGUUAUAUAUGAUUUUGUAAGACUCUUAUUUAAAUUGCAUAAAAUUCACAUGUACAAUAAACACAAUGUUUGUUUCUUCACGGUCAUUUCUAUAUUAUAUUCAACAUCAUAUUUGCUCGAUUCGCUUUUGUGUGUGUGUGUGUGUGUUAUCAUCUAUACA